UUUGUUCAGAAAGUCAGAAUAUUUCUGUUAUGAGUUCACUCUAAGUUGACCAUCUUUUUAAUGAGCAUUAACUAGAACUAACUCUCACCAUCCUGUGGCUCUACACAUAAGCUGUCUUCUGAGAGAAAGGACUUCAAAGUUCUGAUGUCUAAGAGGCUUGUCUACUUCAGCAGUAGUUUGCUUAGGAAAAUGUCAUUCUUUCUAUAUUUGCAGGUACAACUUAAAGAAACCAUCGAAGAUCUUCCUGGCAAAAUGGAUACUCAAUUAGCAGAAUCAGGAUCCAAUUUUAGCGUUGGACAGAGACAAUUGGUGUGCCUUGCCAGGGCAAUUCUCAGGAAAAACCGGAUAUUGAUUAUUGAUGAAGCGACAGCCAAUGUGGAUCCCAGAACUGAUGAGUUAAUACAAAAAAAAAUCCGGGAGAAGUUUGCCCAGUGCACCGUGCUGACGAUCGCGCACAGGCUGAACACCAUUAUUGACAGUGACAAGAUCAUGGUUUUGGAUGCAGGAAGGCUGAAAGAAUAUGAUGAGCCAUAUGUUUUGCUGCAAAAUAAAGAGAGCCUCUUUUACAAGAUGGUGCAACAGCUGGGUAAGGCCGAAGCCGCGGCCCUCACUGAGACAGCAAAACAGGUGUACUUCAAAAGGAAUUAUCCAGAUAUUGCUCAGAGUAGCAAUAUGGUUGUGAAUACUUCCAAUGGACAGCCCUCAACCUUAACUAUCUUUGAGACUGCACUAUGAUUCUACCAAGAUGUCAAGUCUAUUCCAAAGGCAUUUUCUAACAGUUUUUGCACUGUGGAAACUAUAUUGUACUUUUUUUUUUUACUCUGGCGACAAAUAUUUAGACAUACAAGAUGUUAGUUUAUUUGGAUGUUUUUUUCCGACUUCACCCAAUGAUUUCAAACUCUAACAAGUGGCUUAUUGUUUCUAUUUAAAUGUUAAAGUUUUUUUAAAAAAAUGCAAAUCAGAGAUGCAGGCCACCAGUAAAAUCUGUCUACCAGGUUUUGUGCCUUAAGACACACCAGAGCCAAAGCUCAUUUUGUAAAAAGGAAUAGGACAAAAUUGCUACAGAUAUUCUUUACGGACCACCAAAAUGCUGAUUAAUUUUUAAUUAUAUCAGGGAUUCUAUUUACUUGAAGACUGUGUGAAGUUGCCAUUUUGUCUCACCAUUUUCUUUAACAUGUCUAGGAUUCUUUUUAUUUCCCCCAAAGGCUUCUGGUUAAAAAAAUACAGGAAAAACAAAAAAUAUACUUGAAGUGACAUUAUAGUAGGGAUAGUCGAAUCCUUCCCCCCUGCCUCACCCCCCUCCACAAAAGAGAAAAAUGGUUAAAAUAUAGAAGGACAACAUUAUAUGUUCUAAAAGAGAAGGAGAAAAAUACAUUUUCUCAAAAUAGGAGCCCUUUCUAAGAGAUUUGAUAAGGAAGGACACAAGUGUGACCUUUAUGGUCUUUUAGAUUUGCAUGACUCUGACAUGGUAACUGUGUUGCAGUUUUAAACUCAGCUUGGUGAUACUUUCCACAAAGACCAAACCUCUAACUGUAAUUCCUGAAAUAUGUAGUUGUAUUCCUAUUUGGAUUUCUGGUUUACUGAGGGUUAAGCCUCUGUUGACUAAGAUUUUUGGUUUAGUCUUUAUUGAAAUCCUUUUUAAAUUGCAUGCAUAUUCUCCUGACUUGGUGAGAAAAACUGAAAAUCGUUGCAAACAUUGACUAUAAUUAUGCAGUACCUUCUCAUGAAGCAUCCAGAAGGUUCAUUUUUCAUGAGCCUGUUUAGGUAGUUUACUUCUGACCGCUAAUAGCAAGUUUCUUUAAGUCUUUCUGAUUAAUGAAUCAACAAACCACAGUAAUUCCUAAGGCCUAUUGUACUUUAUUUGAACUAGGGGUCUUCAGUUUUUCGUGGUGGUGGUGGCUAUGGUAUGUUGAGUUCAAGUUACUAAAUGUUUUAUUGUCAUGGUUUAAAAUGGACUCUCAUGACCUCAGAAUAAGAUGUAACCACCCUCAAAUUGCAUAUGUUAAUAUGUAUGCACCCACACAUGUGCAUUUAUAUAUAUAUAUAUAUUUAUGCCUUCAUGUAGCAGGUGUUUGGACUCAUCAGCAGGUAGAAACAGAUGUGUUGUAGAAUAAAGCCUUAAAAAGUACACACAAAACAAACUACCAAAACACACUGAGUGCAGUAGCUGUUCAACUCUUUGUAUUUAGAAAUCUGUGGUUAGUGUUUAGUCCAAUAAACCACAUGCAGUAAGUUGUUCAUUAAUAGUAAUAGUUUGUAUUCCUGGAGUCUGAAAUGACAGCAAUGAUAAUAAUGAGGUUUGUUAAAACAUUGGACGUAUUUGAAAUGAGUGUAUGUUUAUUUCGUCUUUAGAGGUUAAAGGCAGUCAGUCAUAUAGACAUGUUUCUGUUUUAUUUGUUAUAAUGUCAUCAUAGGAUUUUUUUAAUGAGACAAAAUUCAAUUGAAAUAAAUGUGAAUUUUCAUCUCCA